ACUCUCGCGAGAGUUGAGAAUACAUAACAAGUAUGGCGGCGCCCUCUCGGCUACAGAAGCCCGGAGUUGAAGAAAGGUAAACUAAAAAAAACGGAAUCUAUCGUGUCGUUCAGGGUCUCUUCUUCGUAUAAAGGCUUCCGCCGGUGAGACAUGGGGUAUGAGCGCCUCCUGUGCGGAGCUCUGGAGCGUCACUGCCGGCUAUUCCGCCUCGCUGAUAUCCAACAGAAAGCUCGACUCUUCCGAAAUGCGUACAGGUCGUCGGAGACGUCGUGGAGCAGCGCGUCCACGGCGUUAACCGCCCGCUCCGGAGUGAACGCGCAGGCCGUCGCCCACGCAGGCCGCCAGCUGGCAACCCGUCGGGGCUACUGCGCCUCCGCACAGCCGGCCAGAGACGUCACCUUGUUCGAGCACGACAGGACCCGCUUCUUCCGGCUCAUGGCGGUGUUCUGCGGCGGCCAGUUCGUCUUCUGGACCUACCUGGCUCAGUUCGCCUUCACCGGGCUCAGAGACACCGGCGGGAGAGGCGGAGCCGGGGCGCCCACCACCACCACCACCACCACCACGGGACUGGCCGGGGUGUGGAGCUUCCAGAUGAACCUGGGCUCCAGCGCCUGGAGGUACGGCUUUACUCUGGGAUGCCUGGCCAUAGGGGCGGGCAUCGUGGGCCUCGGAGCGCUGUUCUGCCGGCGGUCCGUCAGCAGGGUGGUUCUCCACCAGGGCGGCAGGAUGGUGACGGUGUGCACACAGUCCCCGCUGGGAGCAGGCCGUGGCAGGACCAUAACCGUCCCGUUAAGUCAGGUGGCCUGCCACGCCCACAGGCAGGAGUCGCCCUCCUUCAUCCCACUCAGGAUCAAGGGACACAGGCUGUACUUUCUGCUGGACAAGGACGGGACCGUAAACAACGCCCGGCUGUUUGACAUCACUGUCGGUGCCUACAGACCGAUUUAAUACCACAGCUGAGCUUUCAGGACUCUUAAGGGACACCUCAUGUGGCUUU